AUGAUGAAGCACCCUGGCGCUCUGCUGCGGCUCGCCUGCACUCUCGGCCACGGUGUCCAAGGAGUGCAGGACACAAUAACAUCCGGAAACACGAGGAGGAUUCAGACAAAGGCCGCUGUGACCGCAGUGACCUCUGACCCUCUGAGAAGCUGUGAGGAUUUUGGACCUCUGUGUGUUCAUCAGCAGGAUGAGAAUCUGGAGCAAAGAAUGGAGAGAGACGACCCUGUCUCCGAUUUCAUACAGAACGAAGACGCAGAACCCACAGAGGAGGAGUUUAGGACAGAAGCGCCCCCUACAGGUCUGGAGCUUCAGGUCAGCUCAGGUUUAGACUACGGACGCGAUGAAGCCGUGAGGAAAGAGGUGACCGAUACCGAUCCUGCCGAAACAGGCGCAGUGUCCAAGAUAAACACGACCUCACUGAGUCUCCAAGUGCUUGAAUGUGCGAGGGUCGAAGGUCAACCCCAGAUGGAACACUUAGCUUCUCCACAGUCAUCGGCAUCAACUAUAAUUUCUCAGGAAAUUUCAGAUGGGAGAUCGGCUCCGUGCCGCGACGUCGUGAUUCAGCCAAGUGUGACGGCAAAGAACAUUUCAUCAGCAGCUGCCAUGGAAACUGAUGAUGACAUCACUCAAGCUAAUAAAGGUGUGCCGUCAGGGGCCAUAGAGCCAAGUACAGACAAGACAGAUGACAAAUUAUCUCAGCAGCCAGACAUGAUGUCAUCAAACAGGGAGAAGAUCAGAGGAAAAGAAAUGAAAAGAAAUGAGAGCUUUACUUUAGCAGAGAUGGAAAGUUGUGAUCUGAUUCCUGAAUUCUGUCCAAGAAGAACCGGAGGAGAACCAGCCACACCCACACUGAGAGAUCAGCAUCUCAUUGGUCCACCUGGAAACACAGGAUUACAGGGGCAUCAGGGUCCUCCUGGACAUCCUGGAGUUCCAGGACCAAAAGGAGAAAAGGGCACUGCGGGAUCGACGGGACAUCCAGGGCGCACAGGGUACAGAGGGCCAACCGGUCCACCCGGGAUUCCCGCCAUCCUCAUGUGGAUGACAUCAGAGGAGGAAUGGCAAGAGUUUAAGAAGAGUAAACUCUACAGCAAGCUGAUGGCCUCAUGGCCGAGACAGAAAGGACGUCCAGGACCACUGGGGAGACCUGGAGAUCCCGGUCCACCUGGCCAUCUAGGAGUUCCAGGGAAACAGGGCAAGAAAGGAGUCACAGGGCCGAUUGGGAGAGCAGGGCCACCUGGGAUACCUGGACCUCCUGGAAGACCAGGCCAAGAUGGCACACCAGGAAAAGAUGGAGAAACAGGCCAAGCAGGACCACGUGGGGAAAACGGUCCACGGGGAUACAGAGGAGAGCAGGGCAGUAAAGGGGACCUGGGUGAGUGGGGUUACACUGGAGAACCAGGACCUCAGGGUGAGAAAGGCAGGAAUGGGGAGAAGGGAAAUAAAGGGGAAGUUGGUCUGAUUGGAAUAACCAGCUAUGCUGGGCUGCCUGGACCGCGAGGACAGCGGGGGAUUAUGGGAGCACUCGGUCCUCCUGGAGAACCUGGAUGGCCUGGGUUUACAGGACCUCCGGGUCCAACAGGUCGUAUGGGAGCGAGAGGUGGAGAAGGACCAGGUGGAGUUAAAGGACCUCCUGGUCAGCCUGGUGACAUCGGAGUGAGAGGAGAAGUCGGGAAACCAGGAGAUCCAGGUCCUGAUGGUAUGAUCGGAUUUCAUGGAGACAGUGGGCCACAGGGUAAAGCGGGACGAGAUGGCCCUCCAGGUCCUAAAGGAGAUCCGGGACAGACUGGAAAUGAAGGCUCCAUUGGAGACCCAGGACCACCAGGACCACCAGGUGCUGCUGGAAAAGAUGGAAAACCAGGACCCUCAGGUGAUCCAGGUCCGAAAGCUGAGCGAGGAGAUAAGGGAGAUCCUGGUGAAAAAGGAGAACAAGGUUCUCCAGGUUCUCCUGGUUUUUCUGGGUUCCGUGGUCGAGCAGGACGAUCAGGUGUUCAGGGAGAACCCGGGCUGACCGGAUCCACUGGAUCACCAGGACCACAAGGUUUGGAAGGAAGUGCUGGAGAUCAGGGUAAGCAAGGAAAAGAUGGACCAAAGGGAGAACGAGGUCCUGAUGGUGCAACUGGAGUUCCAGGACAGAGAGGUGAUAAGGGUCGUUUGGGACGGGGUGGAUUCACUGGUCUGCCAGGGCCAUUGGGGCAAAUGGGGAAAUCAGGAGAGCGAGGACCCGAAGGAGAGCCUGGUAUCAAGGGUAGAACAGGAUUUCCAGGAGGACCUGGAGCUAAAGGCCUGAAGGGGCUGCAGGGUUUCCCAGGGAUUCAAGGGCAGGAUGGAAUUCAUGGUUCUCCAGGACUCACAGGAGCACUUGGAGCAAAUGGAGACACGGGAUCUUCAGGACACAAGGGUUUCCAGGGAAAGCCUGGCACUCCUGGUCUACAAGGUCCAGUUGGAAAAAGUGGAGAUCCAGGAAGUAGGGGAAACGCUGGCAAACCUGGAAAGCCUGGAGUGAUGGGAAUCAAAGGCUCUGAGGGACCAAAGGGACUUCCUGGCAAUCCUGGGCAGAUGGGAGAUCAAGGGAAUGAGGGUCCUAAAGGAAAACCUGGACGCCCAGGAGCUCGUGGUCUGCCAGCAGUAAAGGGUUACCGAGGACCUCCUGGUGUACAGGGGAAUAUGGGUGUGUGGGGUAUGGUGGGCCUCCAGGGGCCACCAGGAGAUAAAGGGCCUCAGGGUCCACCCGGACCUGUAGGGGUCCCUGGAUAUCCGGGUAAAGAUGGACCAGUGGGAGGUUUAGGACCUCAAGGAGAUAAAGGAGAUAAGGGGGUUAAAGGAACAGAGGGAGUGGAGGGAGUGUCUGGUUUCGAUGGUGAGGAGGGUGCUGUUGGAAUCAUGGGAUCCAUCGGUCCUCUGGGAUUGAAAGGACCACCAGGUGAAAAGGGAAGUCCUGGAUUCCCUGGAGCUCCUGGAUUAAAAGGUGUCCGAGGAGAAAGAGGGAAUCGAGGAACAGCAGGAAUAAAAGGCACUACUGGACAGGAGGGACAGAGUGGCUUUCAAGGGCAAGCAGGAGAACAGGGACCUCCUGGAGAAAAGGGUCAGUCUGGUUCCAGAGGACGUCCUAGUUCGGCUGGAAAAUUCGGACCUGGUGGUGAAACUGGACCCCAUGGUGCAAAGGGUGAUAAAGGUGAACUUGGACUUAUUGGCGAGAGCGGGAUUCUGGGGCCUCCAGGCCCUGCAGGCGAACCAGGAACAUCAGGUUUAAUAGGAAACCAAGGUGUUGCUGGAAGAAAUGGACCCCCAGGGCCGAAGGGAGAUUCUGGUGAGCGAGGGAAACCUGGAGAUCAGGGAGAAGAAGGACCAGUGGGUGUUAAAGGGUUGAGAGGAAAGAAAGGAGAGAUCAGAGAACGAGGAAAUUAUGGAGCUGUGGGACCUCUGGGUCCUAAGGGGCCUCCUGGAGAAAAAGGCACACUGGGACCUGCUGGACCUCCAGGCAACACAGGGAUCAAAGGUCAACUAGGACCAAAGGGGCAAAUGGGACUUUCGGGAAACAGAGGAAUUAAAGGUGUGGCUGGAAAACCGGGAAUUCGAGGCCUGAACGGAAAACGUGGCUCUCAUGGAAUUCCAGGAAAACCAGGUCUCAGUGGCACUGACGGUCUACUAGGAGUUCAAGGCAAUGAAGGAGAUCCGGGUAACCGAGGACAUAGAGGAGCUCCAGGAAGACCAGGAGAACUUGGCAGACCAGGUCCAGCAGGAGCUCCUGGGAUUCCGGGGAAGCUAGGAUUCACUGGGAUAAAGGGUUCCUCUGGAGAAACAGGAGAACCUGGACCUUCAGGACCUGUCGGACCAAGAGGGAUUCCUGGACUUGCUGGUGGAAAGGGACACCUCGGUCUUCCAGGACUAAAGGGAAUUUCUGGAAUCUCUGGAAUCCCAGGACCUGCAGGACCACCAGGGCAGAAGGGAACUCAGGGCGUAGCAGGACCUAAAGGCCAGGCUGGUGCACAAGGUGCACAGGGUGAAACGGGUCCUCCAGGUUCUCCAGGUCCACUGGGCCUUCCUGGUCUUCCUGGAACUUUAGGGAAGAAGGGACUGAAGGGUGUGCGAGGUUCCUCAGGGCCGAAAGGAAAGAAAGGACAAAGAGGAGAACCGGGGAAAGCAGGACCUCCUGGAGCUCGAAAAGCAAAACCGGGCACUACAGAGACGAGCAGAAGUGGAGCACAAAAUUGUAGGAGGCAUAAAGCUCAGAGAAGUCCGAGAUCUUACGAGAACGCAGAUGCAGAAGAUCAACCUCGAGGAACUAAAGAGCAUCCUGCGUCCAUGUGCAGAGAACUCACACUCCAUCAUCCUCACCUCCAUGACGGAUUUUAUUACGUGGAUCCGAAUAACGGCUGUCCAUUUGAUGCACUGCAGGUUUUCUGUAACUUUACAGCCGGUGGACUCACCUGCAUCUCACCUGUCCAAUCACAGCUGGAAUAUCAACAGCUGGAUGUAGUUCAGCUGAGAUUUCUGCGUCUGCACAGUGACUCUGUGACACAGACCAUCAGCGUGUCCAGUUCCUCCGCUCGAUUCCUCACAGCACCAGAUCUUUACUUUGUGGGAGAUUCUGGAAGUGAAGUCAGAUUUUCCAGCACGGUCCAGUCGAGGGACAGCUGUGAGCUGGAGAUAAGAUUUUCAGGGAAAGGAGAGAAGAUGGAUCUGCUUCCCGUCAGAGAUUUCUGGUUAUCUGCAGGAGAACAGCAGGAGUUCAUCUUCAGGGCUGAAAUCGGACCGCUGUGCUUCUUAUAGCGCCACCCAGAGGCACUAAUGAGACACUACACUUAAAACUCAAGAGUUUCAGACUCAUAGAGAGAAAAAUACACUUCAUAUCAGUCCAACUGAGAGAGAAAUAAAUAUCAGUGUAAAUAAUGUUUAGUGUAAAAUACAGACUGCCUCACUGAAGGACUGAAAACAAUUUUUAUUUGAACGUUAUUAAAGUUUGUUUCUGGACAGAACUGGAUUUAAAAGUGGAGGGAAAAUCAGCACAAAUAUUCUUUAUAUUAUUUAUUUU